GUAGAGAUUCUAUUAAUAUUAACGAUAGAUAUCGUUAUAAUCAUGACAAUAGCUAUACUCAUUAUAAUGAUAAUAUUAAGAAAGUAUCUUCACCAAAUCAACAUUCAGGAAAACUAACUCAAUGCACUCCCAGUGGAGAUAACACUUUACAAUCGCCAAAACCAAUUGUUACAAGUCAUAAAUCCUCACAAAAAAUACAAGAAUUAGAAAAAUGCAAUUCUAUGAUAAGUUCCGGAAAGAAAAGGAGAUUUAAUAAUUUUGAAGCAACAGAUGGUUGGAGGGAACCAAAUCCAAAUGAGCUUCCGUGGAUGAAAGGUGACGAUGAUAGGAAAUAUAGAAAUGUAGUACAUAGGAUGCAUUUUGAAUUGAACGAUUUAAUAGAUUACCUUUCUCCAACUGAUGUUGAAAAAUCACUAAGAGUAUUUGUUAUUAAAAGGAUUGAAGAUGCGGUCAAAACUAAAAUCCCUUGUUCCGAAAUGUUCAUAUUUGGAAGCUUUAAUUCUGGAAUUUAUCUUCCCACAAGGUAUAAAGAAAAAUACACUAAUAUUAACAUUGACAUAUCAUUUAAUCAGAAAACUGUUUUUACAUCUGUUAGUACCAUAAGUAGAUAUCUUGAUGAAUGGCCUAUUCUUGGUAAAUUGUUAUUAGUUUUAAAAUGUUUUUUAAAACACCACAAUCUUGAUGACCCAUCAAAUGGCGGAAUGGGUGGCUACACUUUGUUCUGCAUGAUACUAAGUUUCCUACAGUUGCACCCACGUAUUACUGAUGGCACUUUACAGCUAGACAAUGAUAACCUUGGUGUUCUUCUGAUAGAAUUUUUUGAAUUAUAUGGGACUCAGUUCAAUUAUACAGAUCUGGCAAUUACAGUAAGACAUGGUGGAAGUUAUCGUUUAAAGUGCCAACAAGACUGGGCAGUUAAAUAUCCAACAACAAAUUUAUGCAUACAAGACCCAUCGGAUCCUGAUAACGAUAUAGCACGCGCAACAAGAAACAUGGUAGAGAUUCAAAAAGCAUUUAAACAAGCAUUCCUACGACUAGUUAAUAGAGUUGGACAGCUUGAAAAAUAUCCAACAGGUUUCCAUAAUAGGUCAAUUCUUUCAUCCAUUUUAUUUGUUCCUGAAAAUAUGCAAUCGUCAAGAAGAAAUUUAUUACGAGAUUAUAAUGAAAAUGGGUUGAGCAAAUUGGUGCAAGGAACAAGCAGUGAUUUAGAAACGCUACUAAAACCUUGUGAUUAUGAAUUUAUAGCCAAAAAAUUUGACAGAGAAAUUGAAGAGUCAGAUUAUCAUCGUAACAUUAGAGUCAAUUCUUUAUUGAGAAAACACAAACCAGCCAGAAGCUUUAGAUCUCAAAAUAAUAAAGAUAGGAAUUUGAAUAAAGAUGACUAUUAUUUUGAGGCACUUGACUCUGAUUAUUGA